AAAUUUGAAAAGUCGGUUGGAUUUAUGGCUGUGUGUAAACAAAUUGGUUAUUUUUCGUGUUUUUCUAUUUCAAGAAAAGUGAAAAUGUUAACAUUGUAUCUGCUAAACGCUUCAAUAAUAGCGAACUAAUGAUAAUUAGAUUUUAUUAAUUUCAAAGGUUCAUGCAAAAUGAGUGACAAUAUCAAAGUAGUUGUCAAAGUUAGACCUCUAAUUCCUCGUGAAUUAGAAGAGAAACUUUCUUAUCAAUGGCGCGUAAAGAAUAACACCUUAUACCAGCUGGAUCAGAACGGUCGGGACUUUGGAUCGUGUUUUACAUUCGAUCAAGUUUAUGACACAGAAACCAAAACUAGUGAUAUUUACAAUGACAUUGCGAAGCCCAUUGUGGAAGCAGCAACAGCUGGCUUCAAUGGCACUAUAUUCGCAUAUGGACAGACCUCCUCAGGCAAAACUUAUACUAUGACAGGCACAGAAGAGUCCCCAGGCAUCAUACCGCUUGCUGUGUUUAAUUUGUUUGAAAUCAUCAAGAAUAUACCCGACAGAGAUUUCCUCGUAAGAGUGUCGUACAUAGAAAUCUACAACGAAACAGUGAAAGACCUGCUGAAUGACAAGAAGAAUGUCAAGGUACAUGAAACUCUGCAAGGUGUCAAAGUGGACUGCACAGAACAAGUUACCACAUCGCCGGAAGAAGUGCUGAAAUAUUUAAAAGAGGGUGAGGCGAACAGGCAGACAGGUGCAACUAAUAUGAAUGAAGAAAGCAGUAGAUCUCAUUCAAUAUUUCAAAUUACCAUAGAGUCCCGUGAACACAUAGAGGGAGAAGCGGAGGUGGGAUGCGUCAACGUGUCCCAGCUCAACCUGGUAGACCUGGCCGGCUCGGAGAGAGCAGGUCAAACUGGUGCCACCGGCAUAAGGUUCAAAGAAGGCACCCACAUCAAUAAAUCUCUAUCCACACUUGCACUAGUCAUAAAACAACUGUCGGAAGAUCAGAACAAGCACGUCAACUACCGCGACAGCAAAUUGACGCGUAUACUCCAGAAUUCGUUAGGUGGAAAUGCCAAAACAAGUAUUGUUUGCGCCAUCACGCCUGCAGCGGUUGAGGAAACCAUCUCCACGCUCCAGUUUGCAAAUAGAGCCAAAGCAAUUAAGAACAAACCAGAAGUAAACGCUGUUGCCACAGAUGCGACUAUGAUACAGAGCUUGACGAAACAACUAUCAAAACUACAGUCUCAGCUGGAAUCCAAGAAGAACUUGGAAGUUAUGCUCGAAAGCAAGAAAAAUGUGGAGUUCAAUUUGCAAAAGCAAAUAGCGGCCUUACAACGGUUGAUAUUGAACGGGUUCGGGCAACGGAGCUCAAUGGAUAUGAUGGCAGGCAGUCGCCGAAAACUGGUCCCGCCGCGCAGAAUCACCAUAUCCACUUUACAUCCUAUAGAGGAGAACCCUGUGCCCUCAGUGCCAAAGUUUCACACUCCACUUCUGAAGUACAACCCCAUGGUGAUUCCCGGCGCUCCCACAACGGAUUUUGUGCCGAUCCAGAAUGCUAGUAAAGGGAACAGUUUGUCUUGUUUGCCGGAAGAGAGUGAAAACAGGCUGAUAACUCCGCCCCCAUACAAUAAGAAAGUCAACUUCAAUGAUGAAAUCAUUGAACUUGAUAGUGAUGAUGACAACAGCGCUCUUGACAUCCAGACCUGUUCUCCUUAUCACAAAUGUUAUGGUUCAUCCAAAACUCCUCCGUGUGUUUUAAGAAAGAAUGCCAAACAGGCUGAAAAGAAUUUAAAAGAUAUCGUAGAGCUUACUGAGAGGGAGAAAAUUUACACACCAAGUGUGAUUGAACUGAUAGAAAAGUUAGAACAAAACAAUACUGUGAUAACUAGGUUACAAGAUGAAGUUCAAAUACUCAACAUGAAAAGCAAAGAAAAAGAUAUGGAAAUUGACUCAUUAAAAGUUAAAGUAAGCAAAUCGAAUGACGAAAUAAGGAAUGUGGAGACUGCAAAGGCUGAAUUAGAAGCACUCUGUAAAGAAUACACUACCAAACUAACUGACUGGGAAGUCAGCUUCGAUACUCUAAAGUCUAAAUCCAAACGCAGAGAAGAUGAGUUAUUAUCUCUUCUAGAUGAACAAAAAGUCUACAAAAAGCAAGAUGACAAUAGUAAAUUGUUGACUCGUAAUCUUGAAAAAGAACUCAACUUCAUGGAUAUGUCAAAAGAUAUCUCACUAGUCAACAGUGAUAAUGAAAGUAGUGUCACCAAUUUAACUACAAAUGACGACGAAACUACCUCCCAAGUUCAAGACCUUGUAAAGGACAUGCAAAACCAAAUACAAUCCUCCAAGAACCAAUCAGUUUUAGAGUUAGAGGCUGAUCUUUUAUCUCAAAAACAAAGGAUUCUAUCCCUAGAAAAUACCACUCGGGAAUCUCAAAAAAGUAUUGAAGAAUUAAAGGAACUUAUUCACGCUUUAGAAAAUGAAAAAGAUUUACUAACAAAUACUGUCGAUACUCUUAAUUCAACAAUCAAAAGUCAGAAAGCUACAAUAGAAUCUGCUAAUAACGACAUAGAAUCGUACAACAGCUUAAUACAAGAACUACAAAUUAAAUUAACUAAUAAAGAUAAAAUACUAGAUAUAAAUAUUACUGAAAAUUAUUUAGAAAAAAUGAUUGCCAAUGAAGAAAAGUUUAUUGCUAACAAUGAUAAUAUGAAGAAUAUUAUUCAUUCAUUUAAAAUAGCUUUAGUUUCCCGACAUAAAGAGAUUGAAUCACUAAAAUCAGCAGUUGCGAAGCAUUCAACGUUAACGGAGAAUGAAAGUAAAUUGCAAGAACAAUUGAAGCUAAAAGAAACUGAGAUAGAAAAAUUAAAUUCAAACGCAUUUUAUUUACAAGAUCAAAUAGAUAAAAAUAUAGCAACUAUCGAUAAUCUUUUGAAAGAAAAGACUAACUUAACAGCUAUUGAACAACAGCUUAAUAGCAAAUUAUCUGAUAUAACUGAACAAAAUAGCUUAUUAGAAAAACAAUACAAUGAAAGAACAAAGUAUGUGGAUGAAUUGAAAGCAAGUCAUAACGAAAUGUUAGCAACUUUGACUACAAAAGAUUCAAUUGAAAAGGAACUCCAACAAAAACAUGAAGACUUAGACAAACAAAUAGGAGAAUUAAACUUAAAAGUGGUUGAAUUAGAAAAAGAGAAACAAAAAGAUAAUCUUAUUGCCACUUUGAAAACAUCUGAUCUGCAGUCACAAGAAUAUCUUACUCACGCCAAUUCAAUAAUGCCGGUUUUAGAAAAUAUUUUGAGAAAAUUCUCUACCACUAGUUCUUUAGAAUUAUGUAGUGAAAUGGAUAAUGUACCCGGAGUUUUCACUUCACUCAAAGGUCACUUAACUGCCUUAGACACCACCGUCACCGAAUUUAUGUCACAAAAAGAAUUAGAAUUAGGGUUAAACAUUGAAUCAAAUAAUAAUCUUAAGACAACGAAUAUUACACUUGAAAAGGAAGUUAGAGAGCUGAAAGAUAAAGUUGAAACUUUGGAAGAAGAUAAUCGGAAUCUGAAACAACUACAAGAGGAUUUGUCAAAACAAAUAAUCACUCAGACCAAUGAACGUGAUAAAAUUAAUGAGGAGCUAAAAAAGAAAAAAGAAGAAAUUACUGAGUUAGAAACCAAUUUGAAUAGUUAUGACGACAAUACUGAGAGCUUACGCAAAGACAUAUUAGCCAAAGAACACAUUAUAGCAUCUUUGACUGACAAAGUACAGUCCACCCAAUCAGAAUUAGAUGUUUUGAAACGAGAAACAGAUGAACAGUAUAACGAAUUUAGACAACAAAUAGAACAUCUCCGCAACACCAUUGAAUCUAAAGAUGUGUCGUCAGAUACUGCACUGCAAGAAAAAGAUACUAUGAUUGUUGACCUUCGAGAGGCAAUAAAGAAAGCAGAGAAAUGUCUUGAAGAGAAAUCCUCGGAUCUAGAACGGCUUCAUUCAAGGCUGAAUGAAGAUAUUGAUGAAAGAAAUAAUCAACUACAAACUAUAUUCGAACUUGCAUCCAUUGCUACAGCUUCUGUGAAUAUUGAAUUUGAAAAUAAUAAUCACAGCACAUACGAUAAAAUUCUUCUGGUCCUUAAUAAAUUAGGAAAUCAUACAAUACAGAUACAUGAAAAUAACAAAAAUGCCACUCACAUAUUAGAAACCAAUGAAAACUUGAGAACACAGAUGGAAAGGAUUAAAGAAGAAAAUAAACUAUUAAAUGACGAUAUGUUCAAAAGUAAUGAAAUUAUCAGCUCUUUGAGGAAGGAAUUGAAUGAAAAAGCAAAUGAAAUCGAAAACAUGGUAGCCAAGGCACAGGAGCUGAAAGAUAAUUUCACUGAUCUUGAUCUAAUAAUGAAAGAACAACUUAAAAGUUUGCAAGCUGAUAAGGACCAUCUAGAAGCAAGAUGUUCGGAAUUAGAGCUUAAUUUAAAUGUUAGAAAAAGUUCCAUUGAAAUACAAAACAUCGAUGAUAAUGAAGAGUUUAGUGCCAAUCAUCCAAGGAAAUCAUUGAGUACCACCACUCACACAAUAGAAACAGUCGGUCCGCCAAGUCUCUUAACAAUUUGUUGUAACAAAAUUGUAGAGUACAUACAACCCAACGAAGACUCAGUUUCUCCUUCCGAUUCAAACACAAGCAUUGAAUAUCAGCAUAAGGAAACACAAUUUGUUAGUUGUGAGUGUCCUACAUUAUUGCCAGAGUUAAAAUCAGCGCAAAUAGAAAAUGUAAGACUGCAAAAGAUGGUCGAGCAACUGGAAGCAGUAAAUCGGCAACUUAUAUCAGAACAUGAAGCAGUGCGUCGCGAAAUACAGCUUCUAGCAGAACCAGCUUAUGAACUGCAGAAGAAAAUAGCCAGUCACAAAACUAAUCUGUCGACCUUAACAGCUACGACUUAUGCUGAAAACAAAUCGCUCAGAUCUCAAGUAAAAGUCCUGCAGCACCAUCAUAGCCGAUUUCACAAUGUCUGUCAAAAAGAUUUACCAGUUGUAAAGAAACAACUUUUUGAAUUGCUGACAAUUCUGAAAGGUGACCCACACUUCGAUAGGCUCAAUGCCAGUUGCAAGAGAUAUUCAUUACCAAUUAUUUUAGAUAAUAAUGGUACUUUGCAAAAUGCUAAAAAUGAAUCUACUUUAGAUGGCGAUCUUCUAAUGUUAGACACCAACUUAACCCUGACGACUUCAGCCGAUAACACGUUGAUGGAUCAGACAUGCUUAGACAUGACACAAGCUUAUGCAAACCACGAUUUUGGUUGCCAAACCGAUGACUUGGAGCAUUUGGACAGUACAAAUCGAUCUCAAGUCGAAUCGUUGACAAAAGAUAAUAUCGAAAUUAUGAAAAAGAUGGAGGCUUUAGAAAUGGUAAAUAAAGAUCUACAGAAACAAAUAAAUGAUUAUUCGUUGAAGAAAACUGGCGCAAAAGAUGCUCACAGCAGUCCUAUAAAGGCAAAAGAUACAUCCAUCGACGAAUGUUUAUUUAAAUGUGAGGAGUGUGAGAGCCUCAAAGAAAAACACCAUUCAUUAGAGGAGGAAUUUAAAUUACUUGCUCAAAAACUUCGCGAUGUCGACGCGCAAAGAUCGGAUUUUGAAAAUAAAUACAAAAAUCUUUCAUUAGAAAUUCCAUCUACUGAUGCGCUUGUUAAAAAAUUAAACAUCUUUGAGAAAGAGUUGAGCGGUAAUAUUAAAGAAAUAACAAGGCUGAAAAACUUGGUAACCAGCAAAAAUGAAGAGCUAAAACUUCUUCAACAAGAAAACGAUGCUUUAUCCAACCAGUUGAUGGAAAAUAUUUCGGAAACAGAUGAUUUAAAUAAAGAGCUAGAUAACAUUAAAGACGAAAAUGCAAAGUUGGUUGAGAAAUGUAAAGAUUUAGAAAAAAUACAUAAUGAACCUAAGACAGAUGAUAACGAAAAAUUAGAUUGUUCACAGUGUCAAAUAAAAGAUGACGUUAUAAGUACGUUAAAAAAGUUUGAGAUACAUUCAAAAUUGAAUAGGAGUCUCAGUGACUCGGAUACUUCAUCUAGGUACAAUAAGAUUUGCACCCUUCAACAUGAGUUACACGCAGGAAGAGAAGAUUGCAAAGAACUAACUGAAGAAGUCGCCACCAUAAAGAAUCACUUAGAACGCAGUAAUUUAACUGUAGAACAAAAUAUGGAUUUAGAUGAAAGCAUGGGUGAAUCAAAUAUUUUCACAAUUACCAAACAUUUCGAUACAGUUGAGACUCAAUUAAAUAGAAUUACGAUGCCGAACGUUCCGUCAGAACGACAGCCGGAUAUCUAUUCUACUGAAAAGUUAGACUGUAUAACUUUUUAUGUUGAAAAAACUGGAGCUGAUAAAGAAAACCUAGAUGGCAACGUAAAGAUCAUAGAUGUCAUGAAAUUAUUCUACAACGACUUUGUUUUAAAACACAAUAACGAAGUUGAAAACUUAGUAAAUAAAAUAAAAUGCUUUGAAGAAUCCAAAAAACAAUUAGAGGGCCACGUGAACAAGCUGUCCACUGAAUAUUCUAAGCUAACGACUAAGUUAGAGGAGAAAGAAAAUAACAUUAAAACAGUCACCAAUUCUUUGUCACAGAUUAGACAAAAUAUAACUUUGAUACAAGAAGAAAUAAUGAACCUUAGUCAUUCCAAUAAUAAUACUAAAGCAAUUGCCAUGUUCAAAGAAAAGUUAUUAAAUAUCAUUGAUAAAGAAUUUGAGUUAUCGGCUGAAGGCGUUUUUGACAUGGUUAUGGAUAGUCUAGUUAGUAAACAUGAAAAUGCUUUAACAAGUAUUACGAAUCAAUACUCUAAAUUGCAAGAACACAUGGAAAGUGUAACUGAAGAACUAAAUUCCGUUAAGAACAAUUUACUAGAGAUGAAGAGUCAGCUAACUGAAAGGGAAAAUCAAUAUAAUUUACUGAAGGCACAGAAGGAAAAGAUUCAUGAAAUAAGCAAUGCAGUAACAUUAGACCUAGUACGAAAGGAGCAAGAACUUUGCCAGACUAUAGUGAGUGGCUGCAAAAAACUAGUUGAACACAACGUCCUCUGCUCCAGUGACUUCGACAAUACCUUACCGAUUCAUCAAAAUAUAAAUACGCUAUUCGAUCGCUUAUUGACAGAAUUAAAAAAUCAAACUGAUACUGAAAAAGAAAAACUCACCUUAGAAAUUAAGACAUCUAAAGCAGAAAUAGAAGAACAGCAAAAGGAUCUACAAACUUUGAAGCUUGAAAACGACAAAUUAAAAGAAGAAUUCCAAUUGGCUCUAUCUAAUGUAAAUGAUAAAGAUAAUAAAUUGGAGGUUCAAACAUCAGUCAUUGAAGAGCUAAAUAAAAGGUACCAAAGUGUAGUAGAAGAAAACAGCUCUCAUCUAAACACAAUUAAUGUGAUAAGUCAAGAAAUCAAAACAUUAAAAGAAACAUUACUUGAAAAAGAAACUGCAUUGCAAAAUGCUAUGAGCAAUACAAGCGAAAAAUCUGAAAAUGAGUUGACCGAACUUUAUAAUUCACUGGCACUUUACAAACAAGAGAUUGACCAUUUGAAGUCAGUCAACGAAAUGAUUUUAAAAGAAAAGGAGCUGUCAGCGUUAGAAUUGGAGAAAUCUGGAGAACUUUUGAAAUCAAACAGAUUGGAGCUGGAUAAAAUGACAUCAGACCUACUAGUGUUGCGUGAAUCUGUAAAAGAUAAUGUAACCGUCAUCGACAAUUUGAAGCAGGAAGCGAAAUCAUUGUUGCAACAAAAUAUACAACUGAAGGAACAAUUCGAAGCGAAAUGUCAGGAUUGUUCCAGGUUGGAAAUGAAUAUCAAGACUCACGAAAAGACGGCUGAAAUACAGAGCAAAAUGAUCAUUAGACUUCAAAAACAAAAAGAAGAUGUAGACAAAGCUCUCAUAGAAAAGAACAAACAUUUGGAAGAACUCACCCAAAAAUGUUCAGAUUUAACGAAAGACUGUGAAGUUAUGAAAAAUAAUAUUAAAACAUCUAGAGAAGAAUUGGAUACAAUGAAGAGCGCAAAAGAAGCUUUGGAGAUGCGACUUUCGGAGAUGGAAAUGGAUUUGGAGAAUGGUCACAAGCCCCGCCUCUCGAUGGAAGCGACUGCCGACACUGUGCGCAGGCGCCGCCAAAGCAUUCACGAUUCUAAGCGAAUGUUCUCUGAAAAGGAUCACGGAGAUCAUAACAAAAUGGAUGCUGUCUUUGAAUCCCGAUCAAAACCAGCAGACCUCUUCAUGGACGUAGAUGAUGACGACAGUUCCAAUGGAAGCACGCCCCGUAGAAACAGCAAAGGAAGAGACAGCUUAUCCAAACAUGAUCAGGUAUGUAGCGAAGAACCUGUGUCGCGACCUAGCAGUGUGGCCGAAACGCGUCGCAGGCGGCAGAGCAUCCACGAUCUACACCGGAGCGUGCGACAAACACCUUCACCGCACGUUAAUAAUAAUCAAUCGUGCUAUUUCUUUAGCAAUGAAGUAUCAGAACUACGCGAGCGUUUGACCUCGUGCCAACAAGAGUUAGAAGAUUUGAGGGAACAGUAUCGCGAGUUGGACGAAGAGUGCGAGACGUGCGCUCAGUAUUUGCGGGAAAGAGACGACCAGUGCGCGCGGCUGAAGAAAGAGAAGGCUGCAUUGGAGGGACUGGUUUCGGAGCUGAAAGAAAAACUACAGUCUAUAAAUCCAAACCGAAGUCAACAAGAGCCGAAAACCACGUUCUGUCACGCUGCUGUUAACACUGACGAAGACUGGUCAAACCUUCACUCCGUGGUGGUAGAUCGAAUGUCAUUCGACGCGGAGGUGGACAAAAAUAAGCGCUUGACCAAGACCAUAGAAGAUCUGCGAUUCAAGAAGCAAGACCUGAAACUUACGAUCGCAAAGAUGCAGAAGGCGUUGGAAAAGCAUGCCAAUAAAGACCAUAGUAAAGAGUUAGAACACACUAAAGCAGAAUUGAAAGCGUGCAAGCAAGAACUGAAGGAGCUGAAAGAGAGGUACAAAGAACUCGAUGAGGAGUGCGAGACGUGCUCCCAGUACCUGCGAGAGCGAGACGAACAGUGCCGCAAACUCAAGGAGGCGAAGGCCGCUUUAGAGGCCAAGUUGGCGGAGUACACGGAGGAGUCGGGCAACAUCUCUCUCCUGCGCAAGAAACGUCACAGUGCGCACGACCAGCGCCGCCCCGCGGCGAGUCUUGCGGACGCCGACACGCAGAUCGCUGACGAUUUCCUAAACAAUCAAGUUGAGCGAGAUGAUAGUUCAAGGCAGACAAAUGACGACAAGGCUAAAGAACUGAAGCAUCUGAAAAUGGCGGUGGAACGACUGUCGCAGCAGAAGGCAGCCUUGGAGCAGCAACUGGCUACCGCCGCCGCCUCUGCUCCCGUCUAUGUUGCUACGGGCAGCGCUAUUGUGCAGACUCAGCAGUUAUCUGACGUCAUGAAAGAAAACCAGAAACUGAAGAAGAUUAAUACAAAAUUGAUUGACAUCUGCAAGAAGAGAGGCAAGAAAACUGACUUCGUAAAUGAAGACUAAUACGAAUAUUGCGGCAGUAGCAGCCNUAGCAGCCAUUGAUUGAUACCUCCUUAAUGUAGACUUGACAAAAUACGUAUUGGUCAUAAAUGAUUAGAAUCACUUCAACAGCUGGAUUUGUUGAUUAAAUUAUUGUGAUUUUAAAAAUUAUUCAAAUUGAUUGAUGAUCAUGACACGAAUGUUAGACUGAAUGGAACGACAUUCCACAAGCAUUUUACAACGAUAUUAUUAUUUAGAUAUUAGAAGAAUGUUUGGCCGGUUGUGAGAAUCUGUGCCAUUGCAUACGCAUGUGUGUGAUUUGCCAAUAAAUUGUUAUGCCCCGUGAAUAAGGUACAAUAAUAUAGUAUUAUUAGAUUAGACUGUACUUAAUCUUCUGUGGUGCCUAAAACUUAAUCUAAUCUAUAUUUUUAUAGCAAUGUAAAAUUUUAGUAUUUAUAUUUUAUGCCCUUGUAUAUAAAUUAUUAUAUUUAUCCAGUAAUAAAUACAAAUUAAUAAUAUUCAUAAAUAUUGCACAAUAUAAUUGUCACAUAAUGUUGCUUUGUUUAAAGUAGUACUAGAUAUGUGAUUGCAUAAAAUAACCUGUUGACAAAUGCACAAAACUAAUUUUAAUACUAAAUCAGCACCGAAGAUUCUAAUUAAUUGUAUUUCUCUAAAAAAAACUUAAAUAUGAUACGUAUACUAA